AUGUCAACUACAUUUAACAGGGAUCCAAAUUAUUGGGAUACUUUGGCUUUAAAUGAACUGUUUGAAACUACCAACAGCUAUCAAAACUUUAAUAUUAUAAAAUGUCUUAGUAGUUAUAACGCUGCAUUGUCAAUAGUUGAUACAGAUGAGAUGUGGGAUAAGUAUUUCAUCACUAUGAUCAAAAUAUUAUCUGAUGCUGGUAUUACAGAAUUUCAUAAAAUCAAUUUAAUUAAAGAAUCUAUACAUUGCGCUCACAAGAAAAAUAAAUUGAAACCAAAUCAUUAUAUUCAUUUGAUAUAUAAUUCAAAAGGUUCAUUGACUCUGGACAUUUUAGAUUGGGCCUUUGAAGCUUAUCCGAAUGAUUCACUUAUCUUAGAAGUGAAUAUAAAAUUUAAACUCUCAGAGAGAGAUGAAUUAAUUGCUUACGAGUUAUUUAAAGAAAAUGCUAAUAAAUGUUCAUCCACUUUAUGGCUUAUAAUUAUUGAAUAUUUUUCAAAUAAACCACAGAUAUGGCAUAUUUUCAACAUGGCAUUUGGAGAUAAAUCUGUGUGUUCUGACAAUGUAAAACCAAAGGUUGCAAAUGAGUAUUUGUUGUGGUUAAGCAAAAAUAAGUCUUUGAAUGAUGCUCGAAAUGCAUACUUGUUAUUGAAUACAAACAACAGUUGUGAUGCAAGUCUGUGCAAGACUAUGGUAACUCUAGAAACUGGACAACAGAUAAUAGACGUCAGCAAGAUUAGGCAGCAUUUUACAUUAGCAUGCAUGCAGUUUGGUAAAACCGAUAUCCAUUUGUGGAUGGAACGAAUUUACUUUGAGCUAAAGUAUGGGUCACUACAACUUGCUUCCACUACAUAUCACCAAGCAUUGACAACUUUGAAUAAUGAGGAAUCUGGUCAAUUUGCUGAAAUAAUGAAGGCGUAUUCUACGUUAAAUACAAUUUGUAACCCUUGA